AGUUCAAGGGUCAGCGCAGGCCAGGGCCAAGCCUCAGCCAGUCUGGCGCUGGAUUUAACCCUCAGGUGGCUGCUGCUGCCCCAGGCCCUCCAGCCCUUGCCCGCUAUGGGAGCCCAGAGCCGGUUGGACCUGUGCCCUGGCACUGCCUGUGCAUAGGGCAGAGACCUGGGUACCCCUCAGGCAGAGCCACGCUGCCGGUGGAGAGACGAGUAACUGAGAGCCACCCCAAGGAGCAGGGCUGGAGAGUGGGAGGCAGGCUGCAGGCUGAGUCUCUGCGCCGGUCCCGUUGCUGCCUGUGUGUUGGGCAUUUACUUGGGCAGCUGGCGGACUGAACACACCCAGUGGUGCAAGAAGUGGCAGCCGCCAGAGGACAACACAAAUGAUGGCUGAUAACCAAGCUAUAGGUCUGAGUCCAUGUGCUACACCUGGAACUAUGUGUGUGUUGGGCAUAGAUCUGGGCACCACCUCAGUUAAGGCUGCCUUGGUAAUAGAGACAGAGCAAGGGCAAAUUGUGGCCCAGAGCUGUUCAAGGGAGACACAGGCGCAGGCUGAUAGCCUGGCUGCUGGAGCACAGGGAAUGGAGCAAGAUGUCCAGAGAAUAAUAAAAGCCUUGAAUGAAUGCCUUGCGGCUUUUCCCCGGGAGCACCUUCAAAGGGUUAGUCGCAUUGGUAUUUCAGGACAAAUGCAUGGGGUUGUGUUUUGGAAAACAAACCAAGGUUGCAAAUGGGCCAAGAGUGGAACUGGUCACACCUUUCAGCCUGGAGAAGUCAGUCAUCUGAUUACGUGGCAAGAUGGCCGCUGCAGCAGCAGUUUCCUCUCUUCUCUUCCUCAAGCACAGUCACAUCUCAGCUUGGCUACAGGAUUUGGAUGUACCACAAUCUACUGGUAUUUGAAGAACAGCCCAGAUUUUCUGAAGCCUUAUGAUGCAGCUGGUACCAUCCACGACUACGUGGUUGCCAUGUUGUGUGACCUGGAAAGGCCACUGAUGUCCGUCCAGAAUGCUGCCAGCUGGGGAUAUUUUAAUUGCAGAAGUAAAAGCUGGAAUACUGAGGUUUUGAGAGAAUCUGGCUUUCCUCUUGACUUGCUUCCUGAAGUGGGUGACCCUGGUGACAUUGCAGGGAGGAUGUCCCAUGACUGGCAUGGAAUACCAAAGGGAACGGAAGUGGGAAUUGCUCUGGGAGAUUUCCAGUGCUCUGUUUAUUCUUGUAUGACUGAGAGGACUGAUGCAGUUCUCAAUAUCAGCACCUCUGCUCAGCUGACAGUCCCCAUGCCCUUGGGAUUCCAGCCUCCAGAGACACCAGAUUCCUUGUCAGCUGUUGCCUAUUUUCCUUAUUUUGAUGGUAACUAUCUGGCAGUGGCAGCAUCACUCAACGGAGGAAAUGUGCUGGCAACAUUUGUGGAUAUGUUGGCACGCUGGAUGGCGGAGUUGGGGUAUGAAGUUCUAGAGUCCAAUGUCUAUACACAAAUGAUCAACGCAGCCUUGGCCCAAAAUGAUACCAGACUCUCAAUCUGCCCAACUGUAUUUGGAGAAAGGCACAUGCCUGAGCAACUGGCUUCAGUGACUAGUAUCACUGCUUCUGAUCUCUCUCUGGGUCACGUAACCAGAGCUUUGUGCCAUGGGAUCAUUCAGAAUCUGCAUUCCAUGUUGCCAUUUCAACACCUGAAAGAGGCAGGAGUGAAGAGAAUUCUGGGAAGUGGAAGUGCCCUUUCCAAGAAUGAGGUGCUGAAGCAAGAAGUGGAGAAAAUUUUUCCAUUUCCUGUGAUCUAUGGAAAGGAUGUGGAUGCAGCCGUGGGUGCUGCAAUGGUGAUGCUGCACAGAAGAUAAAUCCAUAGUUCAAGAUUGUCUGAUAUAAAGUUUUUUUUUUUUCUGGACAUAUCAACACUUCCUCUCUGUUCCCUCAACGUUCCUGAUGUUGCUUUUAAUCUACCAUCCCACUCAGUAUGGAGAAGAACAGCUUGCAUUAAUGUCCCUCUCUGGUUCCAAAUGUACUCAGGGUCCUGCUUGCCGUUACAUUGUCAUUCCUAAUUGUGCAUUGAGAACUAAUUAUCACAUGAAAUUUGGCUGCGUGAAGGGAAAAGAUCCAUUAAGUUUGGGUUGAAGAUAAUACUUCAUUAUAGGCUCAUUUUCCUGUUAGGAAAGAAGCCUGGGAUGGCUAAGACGAGCCAGUGUCUGUUGGUAAUGGCAUCUGUAGCCUUUGUUAGAGAUGUUUUGUGGUUAAACUAUCUCUUUCCAUAUAUAUGUGCAACACGAUGGGGCCUAAAGGUGCUACUGUAAUACAAAUAAAAUAAUAAUUUACCAUAUCUUAUACAUUGAAGAGUGUGUGUCUCUCUCUCUCUGAAGGGCUGAGCACCUUUUUGGCUCUUAAGUAACAGUAAAAUGUUAGGAGGGAAGGUUAUAGGAUCAGUGAAGUACAUUGCUGCUGAUCCAAGUUAGAUUCAUGACUAGCUCGUAUAAUGAAUUUUAUAAACAUCAGUGCUCACGCUUCAGAGUGCAGAUUGGUUACCAGCUGGGGGUCAGGAAGGUAUUUCUCUCAUGUUUUAAUGCACAAUUAUUUACAGUAGUGUGUGUGGAGUGGAGCUUCCCCUGAAGAAUUCAGCAUUAGCAGGAUAUUUGACUAGAUGGUUCAUUGGGCUUUUCUUUUGUUCUAGAAAAGUUAUAGUAACGCUCCUGAUAGAUCCAUUCCCCUCUCUUCUUACCAUAGUUGUUGCCAGAGAGAGGUGAAAUGUGCUCACGUGUGUCAGCCCAAGAACGUCCUUUCCGUUUUUCUUGAUAUGUUCUAUUUUAAGGAGUUUAUAACUCUCUGCCUUUUAUAUAUUGGAAGGAACUAAGCCUUGGCAUAGCAACUUGCAGGCUGGAUUAAAAUCUUUUUUCAGUUUUGAGCAUUGUUCAUGUGAACUUUCCAUAAGUCUCUGGGUUUCUAUCCCAUGUGCCAUGGUCCUAAAGCACCCCACUGAUCAUUGUACACUCUCCUUUAUUUUAAGGUAAAAGCAUUUGUAUUUUAUUUCAUCAUCCAGGAGAAGUUGGACAUGCAUUUCGUUACUUGAAAGAGAGGGAAGUAAAUAAAGUGGUUUCAUAUUA